GAUCAAAAAUACUGUAAAUUUUCUUGGUAACGAUCCAUGGUUAAUAAUUUUCUUGGUCAUGUCUGAACAUCAACAAUCUCUUACAACUCUUAUAAAACGUUUAGAAGCUGCCACUUCUCGUCUUGAAGAUUUGGCUUCUUCAAGUGCUUCCUCUGCUGCUGUUUCUAACAACUUGAGUCGUAACUCGGUUGGGGGUCAACCUGCUGCUGUUUCUUCACAAAACAAUGACGCGAUUGUAAGUGGUGAAGUUCCUCCUGCUCUUGCUGCUUACGAUGAACUUAUUGAAGGUCCUUUAAAAAACUUUCUUGAACUUUCAAAAGCUGUUGGUGGUCUUGUUGAAGAUCAGAGUCAUGUAGUUGAAGAUAGUUUUAUUGCACAGCGAGACUUUAUUUAUAUAACCACACAAAGUUCAAAACCAAAUAUUGAAACAAUUAUGGAAUUACUUAAACCUACUCAGCAAGCUAUUGAAAAGGUUUGUGAAUAUAGAGAGAACAAUCGACCUUCUCCUUUACUUGAUCACUUAUCCACUGUCAGUGAAGGUAUUUGCGCGUUAGGAUGGAUUACCAUAGAACAAAAACCUGCACCAUUUGUCGAGGAUCUCAGAGAUAGUUCUCGUUUCUUUGCAAAUCGUGUAAUCACAAAUUAUAAAAACACGGAUAAGUCUCAUGUUGAUUGGGCGAAUAGUUUUGUUUUCCUAUUAACGGAACUUCAGAAUUAUGUUAAAAAAUGUCAUACGACUGGUCUCGUCUGGAAUCCAAAGAUGUCCGCGCCAUCUGCUCCUCCAAGUGGACCACCACCACCACCACCACCACCACCGCCUCCGCCGCCUACAGACUUUGAUGCUCCUUCUUCAUCAGGAGAUAGAGCUGACAUGAGUUCUGUAUUUGCAGAACUUAAUAAAGGAGAAGCGAUCACUUCUGGCUUAAAAAAAGUAGAUAAAAGUCAAAUGACACACAAAAACCCUAAUUUAAGAACUAGUGCCGUGGUUUCUGAUGUUGGAGUUAAAAAGAAACCACCUAAAGGACCUACUGCUCCACCGAAACCAGCUUCAUUGUCUCUUAAAAAACAACCAAAAAAGGAUUUGAAUGGAAACAAAUGGAGUAUAGUAAACACGUGUACAAAAAUUGGAGUUUUAGUAGAUUCAGUAGUGUCAGCAAUUGAUGUGGUGAACAAUAAAUCAUUUCAACUUCAAAUUCAGGGCAAGACACCAACAAUAGUAAUCGAUAAAACUGAUAGUGGGCAAAUAUUUUUAUCAGAAGAAUGUUUUGACGUUGAAAUUUUAACCGCAAAAAGUUCAUCUAUUAAUGUUAAUUUACCUGGACUUGGUGAAAACGGUGAUUAUGCUGAAAGACCUGUACCUGAACAAUUAAAAACUACUAUUGUUAAUGGUAAACUUGUUUCUGUUCCUGUUGAACAUGCUGGAUAAAAGUAAUUAUCAUAAUGUAUAUUAAAACAAUUAUUUAAUAAGAAACAGAAAUUCAUGAAAUUUUAAUAGGAAAUUGCAUUAAUUGUAUUUAAUUUAUUAAUAAAUUUAUGUU